CCCACGCAUGCGCCGCGGGUUCAGCAUCCUCUGCGCUGACCAGCUCAGCGGAAUUAACCACACAGCAGCUACCAGACGAACGUUAUCUCCUCUGUUUUCUACAGGUGCAGGCUGCCAGUACUGUGACUGCUGCAGGGUGUUGGUCAGUGGAGCUGAAGACGACUGGUCAGUGGGUGUCUGUCUGGCCUGCCUGCCUGUCUGUCUGUCUGUCUGUCUGGGUGAGCAGGACAGGAGGAGCCAUGGCUAACAGGGGACCAAGCUACGGCCUGAGCAAGGAGGUGCAGGAAAAGAUAGAGCUGAAGUAUGAUCUGGACCUGGAGGCCCGGCUGGUGGACUGGAUCGUAGCUCAGUGUGGGGGGAACCUGGAGAGACCACAGCCAAGCAGACAGAACUUCCAGACCUGGCUGAUGGAUGGAACAAUUCUGUGUAGGCUCAUCAAUAGCCUAUACCCGUGUGGUAAUGAGCCCAUCAAGAAGAUUCUGGAGACCCAGAUGGCCUUUAAGCAGAUGGAGAAGAUCUCCCAGUUCCUGCAGGCUGCCGAGGCCUACGGAGUACUCACCACAGACAUCUUCCAGACCGUGGACCUGUGGGAAGGGCAGGACAUGGCUGCGGUGCAGAGAACCUUGAUGGCCCUAGGAAGUGUUGCCCUCACCAAGGACGAUGGACAUUACCGUGGCGACCGAGACUGGUUCCACAGGAAAGCUCAGGGUUACCGGCGGGAGUUCUCUGAGGACCAGCUUCGUCAGGGCCAGAGACUGAUUGGUCUACAGAUGGGCAGCAACCGUGGGGCUUCGCAGUCCGGCAUGACGGGCUACGGAUCGCACCGCCAGAUCAUGUAGAGACACAAACCAGCUGCCCAGCCAGCUGCCAGCCACUCCCUUAGCCUGGCGGUGUACUCCAGUUACUGGACCUCCAGAAGAGAGCUCCACCACAUUCCCUGAACCUCAUGAAAUGACCAAACCCCUUUUUCCCCUUCCCCAGCAACACCAGCCAUACAUUCAUUCAUACAUACAUACACACAUUCUAUUGUUCGUCCCCAACACCCGAACAGGGUGCUCCAUAUACCACAACCACACCAUGAUUCCUACAGACCUCAGUAGUUUCUGCUUACCCCACACCCACUCUCCAGUCCUCCUUGGUCCUGCUCUCUCCAUCCAUACGGUCCUGCUCUCUCCAUCCGUACGGUCCUGCUCUCUCCAUCUGUACGGUCCUGCUCUCUCCAUCCGUACGGUCCUGCUCUCUCCAUCUGUACGGUCCUGCUCUCUCCAUCCGUACGGUCCUGCUCUCUCCAUCCGUACGGUCCUGCUCUCUCCAUCCGUACGGUCCUGCUCUCUCCAUCCGUACGGUCCUGCUAGCCAUUCCCUUCAGUGGAUGAAGUCUUAGUAAUUCAGUCGAUACAGAGAACCCAAGAUUGGAGUCGUCCCUCUACAAAACAAGCCAAUAGUAUUUUACACUACUACCAAAUAUAACAGCAAGACCAUGUUAUAGUAUGUUCCAUAUUUGAAUUAUUUAGCUCUUUAUUUGUUUGUUUGUAUGUACAGUAAGUGUGUCUGAGUCCUUGUACAGUCAUGGAGGGUUUGCUAUACCUCAUGAGAUGUUUCAUGUAUAACCGAAUGGAUCUCGACGAGCGAUGAUGCCUCUGCUGUCUUGUGUUAAUUAUGUGAAGACUUUGCAGUAACUGCUGUAACCAAAUGACCAUCACGUUGUGCCUGGUUACUACAGCAAACAGACAUUAAACUAUGCCUUAUAUAAGAAAUGUCACCCACCAUGAUGCAAAGGAAUUCAAAGGCAUGUAUUGAGUUCUGCCGCCUGGUCCUGUGCUGUGCAUUUAUAACAUAUGUGUAAUUCUAAUGUAUGUACUGGAUGUGUCCAUGUGUGUUUCAGACAAUCCCAUGAUUGUUUAAGAGCAGUGGUGGGAAAAGUACUUCAUUGUCAUACAAAGUAUGAUGUCAUAA